AUGGCUCCUUCUCUUAAUGUACGUCAGGAUAUAGUACUUGCAGAGGCACCCAAGCUUGGAAAGGAAGCAGCCAUGAAAGCUAUCCAAGAAUGGGGGCAGCAUAUCUCAAAGAUCACACACCUAGUAUUUUGCGCAACUUCAGGUGUACACAUGCCUGGUGCAGACUAUCAACUAGCCAAGCUGCUCGGCCUCUCAUCAUCUGUCAAAAGGCUGAUGCUGCAUCAACUAGGCUGCUACGGGGGCGGGCCUGUUCUCCGAGUUGCCAAGGAUCUCGCCGAAAACAAUGCCGGUGCUCGAGUUCUUGUCGUGUGCUCUGAAAUUACAGCGAUGACUUUUCAUGCUCCAAAUGAAGCUCAGUUGGAGUGCCUCGUCGGGCAAGCACUUUUCGGUGAUGGAGCAGGAGCAGCAAUCGUAGGCUCAGAUCCUGAUUCGUUAAUAGAAAAGCCAAUAUUUCAACUUGUUUCUGCAGCACAGAUUACGAUUCCCGACUCGGAGCAUGCAGUCGAAGGGCAUUUACGCGAAAUGGGGCUAUUGAUCCAUUUAUCACAGGAUGUGCCUGAACUGAUAUCUGAUAACAUUGAGGUGGCUCUACAGGAAGUUUUUACCCCAACUGGCGGUGGUUCAAGUGAUUGGAACUCGCUAUUUUGGGCUGUACAUCCAGGUGGGCGGGCAAUUCUUGAUGGGAUAGAAGAAAAACUAGGGUUGAAAGAAGAGAAACUUGGUGUUACUAGGCACGUACUGAGUGAGUAUGGGAAUUUAGCAAGUUCUUGUGUAUUAUUUGUACUUGAUGAGAUGAGGAAGAGAUCUGUCAAGGAAGGAAAGGCCACUACUGGGGAGGGAUUGAAGCUUGGUGUUCUAAUUGGGUUGGGACCUGGUCUAACCCCGGAGGCUAUAGUAUUGCAGAGUGUCCCUGUUGUUAUCACUGAGUAA